AUGGCGACCAAACCGGUGAAGUCUCUGGAGUCCGAGGAGCAGCGGCUCCACCGCAUCCGCAUCACUCUGAGCAGCCGCGAUGUCCGGGCGCUUGAGAAGGUCUGCUCCGACCUGGUCACCGGCGCCAAAGCCAAGGACUUGAAGGUUGCAGGCCCAACCCGUCUCCCCACCAAGAUCUUGCGGCUCAUGGUGCGCAAGAGCCCUUGUGGAGAAGGCACCAACACCUUCGAUCGCUGGGAGAUGCGCAUCCACAAGCGUCUCAUCGACCUGCACUCGCCCUCGGAUGUUGUGAAGCAGAUCACCUCCAUCUCCAUUGAGCCCGGAGUGGAAGUCGUGUGGAUCCCAGUGUGGAAAGCGAGAGUGAGGACCAAACCCGUGAAGUCCCUGGAGUCCGAGGAGCAGCGGCUCCACCGCAUCCGCAUCACCCUGAGCAGCCGCGAUGUGCGGGCGCUUGAGAAGGUUUGCGCGGACCUGGUGACCGGUGCCAAAGCCAAGGACUUGAAGGUGGCUGGACCCACCCGCCUCCCGACCAAGAUCUUGCGCCUCAUGGUGCGCAAGAGUCCUUGCGGAGAAGGGACCAACACCUUCGAUCGCUGGGAGAUGCGCAUCCACAAGCGCCUUAUCGAUCUGCACUCGCCCUCGGAUGUUGUCAAGCAGAUCACCUCCAUCUCCAUCGAGCCCGGUGUGGAAGUCGAAGUCACCAUCGCUGAUCUCUGA